UUAAAAAGAACCAGAAUCAGACACAUGAAACAUCUCCAAAGGUACCCUUGAAUAAGAAUAUAAGGAAAAAGCUGUAUUCCAAGAAACAAAAAUGUCUGGUGACACAAGUGAUGCAGUACCCACCAAAGGAAAACCUGAAGUAAUAGAAAUGCCUAGUAGUGAUGUGUUGCCUGAUGAUGAAGCACUACGUCAUGAAGUGACUGGGAUACUGCAUGGGUCUUCACAAGACGGAGAGAAACAAUCUUUCCAUAAUACCACUAAUGGACAGGAAGGAGACCCAACUAUCACUGAGCAUCCUUUGACUGAGGAAGUGAAAAAUCAACCUUCUAACACAGAAGUGACUGAGAAUGUAGCCGCUGACUGUAGCGAAUCCGUGAGCCUUGAUCCUGAACUUGAAUCUGAAGUGACACCAAGUGAACAAAGUAAUCCAGAUUUGGACUCAUCUUCUAAAGGAAGUGGAUGGGGAGCUUGGGGAUCAUGGGGCAAGUCUCUGCUAUCAUCAGCUUCUGCCACAGUUGGUCAUGGAUUGACAGCAGUAAAGGAAAAGGCAGGAGCCACCCUCCGAAUUCACAGUUCUAACUCAGCAUCUUCAGAAUCUGCCCAGCCCCCUGGAACUGAAAAAAUCACCCCAAGUAUGCAAGCAGAAGAUGCCACAGAUCAGAAUUCUGCUGAUGUUUUGUCAUCAUCUCCUUCACCUGGAUCACGUGGGAUGUUGUCAACAAUCACUAAUGUUGUUCAGAACACAGGCAAAAGUGUCUUAUCUGGUGGCCUAGAUGCUUUGGAAUUUAUUGGGAAGAAAACCAUGAAUGUCCUCGCAGAAAGUGAUCCUGGAUUUAAGAAAACAAAAAUAUUAAUGGAAAGAACAGUUUCCCUAUCUCAGUUGUUGCGAGAAGCUAAAGAGAAAGAGAAACAGAGAUUGGCCCAGCAAGUCACAGUCGAAAGGACAGCACAUUACGGGUUGCUUUUUGAUGAAUUCCAGGGUUUGUCCCAUCUUGAAGCUCUGGAAAUUCUGUCUAAUGAAAGUGAAGCCAAGAUUCAGUCAUUUUUAACUUCAUGUAAUGGAGAGCAAUUGGAAAUUGUGAAAAAUGAUUUGAUUGCUAUUAAAGAGAUCUUCAUUCCAAAGGAAUCAAAUAGUGAAGAUGGUCAAGAAAAAAAAGAAAUCAUCUUGUCUCCUUCUGCAGCAGACAUGGGAGAAAAGUUUGUUAGCAUGCUUACUGAACUGCUGUUUGAAUUGCAUGUAGCUGCUACUCCUGACAAACUUAAUAAGGCUAGGAAAAAAGCUCACGAGUGGCUGGAAGAAGCCAACUUCUCAAGAUCGCCAGCUCUGGAAAAGAAGCUAGAGAAAAACACUGAAAAAAAUGGUGAGGAAAAGACUGAAGAAGGAGAAGAUGGUGCAGAUCAACAAGGAGAAGUAAAGAAAAACAAAACUGUGGAGGACAUCUACAUGCUGUCUAUUGAAAGCCUUGCUGAAGUAACAGCCCGUUGUAUCGAACAGCUUCAUAAAGUAGCAGAAUUAAUUCUCCAUGGGCAAGAAGAGGAAAAGCCAGCCGAGGAUCAAGCAAAAGUUCUGACAAAUUUAACAAGUGCCAUGUGCAAUGAAGUGUCAUCUUUAGCUAAGAAGUUUUCUGAUUCCUUAAUGGCAGUUGGGAGCAGUAAAAAAGCAGAGAUCCUUAAUCCAAUGGUCAAUAGUGUGCUAUUAGAGGGUUGCAACAGUACUACUUAUAUUCAAGAUGCCUUCCAGUUACUGCUUCCAGUUCUGCAGAUUUCACAUAUCCAGAGUAAUUGUUGGAAAGCACAACAGUAACAAUUUCCCAGCAGUUGUCAUCACUGUGUUUAAAAGAACCACAGCUCUAAGCUGUUUAAUGUACACAGAUGGAAGGGGUGGCACAGAAGGUGUCUGGCCACUGACAGGCCUUUGAGAACACUAAAUGCAAUUUUGCACAAAUUGUAUUGAAUAAUAUUUUAAAUUCAACUAUAUGUUCUACAACCAGCUGUAGCUACUAGGAUAGGAAACUUCUUUUCUGAAAUUAUAUUCUUUACAUUAAACUAAAACAAUGUAUGUUGAAAUUUAGAAGGGACAUAAAUAUUAAAUAGGUUGUUAAUUUUGGUCCUUUCCAUUGUAUUUUGAAUUCAAAUUUGAAAACAGUGUUUUUUAAACAUUGCAGUCCAAACACUUCAUUUUUAAAAAUAUAUAUUUUCAGUGUUAUCAUCAAUUUAAAAUGUUUAUAUUUAAAAGUUAGUUUCUAUAUUUAAUCUUAAUUAACUCAAAUUAAUUUAGUAAUUGAGCUUCCCAGUAUUAUUGCAGUGUCUAAUCAUUAGCAGUUAUGCAGCACUGUGUGUUCAAAGAUUUGUACAAUAUUAACUAAGCAUUAACUUUAGCUUAUUAAAUCUGUGGAAGAUAAGAAUUAUACUGAAAUGAAAUUGCCUGAGCUCAUUUUGGAGUACGGGUAUAAUCUGUGCACUUCCUAACCCAUAAUUGUAUACUCAUAUAUGCCAGUCCCAUUCGUCUCAUUGGCAGAAGGCAUUAUAGGCUAGAGCAAAGGGAUUGGCAUAGUGCUUGUGGAGUUAGUUCCUAAUUACACAGUGAUUAAGAAAAUUCCUUCACUUUGAUUGGCAAUAGUCCUUGGAAUGCCCAAUCUACAGUGUAUCUCAGAAGUGUAUGCCCAUAUGUGUGUAUGUUAUUCACCUCUACAAUGAGUCCCUGGAUGCAAGUAGUAGACAUUUUGAAUGGCCACAACAGGGUACAUUGCAAGUUACUUUAUUUUCCAAUGUAGGAAAUGUACUACCUCCCACUUCCAAAAGGAUAACUUUGUAGAAAAAAUGUUUUUAACAUAAAUUUGAUUGAAUUUGUGUUUGGCAACUUCUCUUAAAGUGACUUCAGUUAUAUUGUAUUAUAUAGCUUUGGUAUAUAAGAUGCACCUACAUUUUUGGCUUCCUUUUUUAAGGAAAAAUUGUGCCUUACACAAUGGAAAAAAUGGUAACAAGAAUCAGCACUGUCAAAACAUAAAUCUCUGUAUUCUCGACAACCAAGGUCUGUAUACAUAUUUUUGAGAUGCUCAUAAUAAGCAUAUUGCUCCAUUUU